AUGGAUGUCGUUUUUGACCCUCGCAUUGCCGGGAGCCUACUCGGCCAUUUUGCGGCCGCGGUCAACGGGACAUCUGUCGCUCAGGGCACAUCUUUCCUCGCCAGCUCCAAAGGUAAACGCAUCUUCCGGGAAGGAAUUGACGUUAUUGAUGAUCCGACCCGUCCCGGCGGGCUGGCGUCCCGGCUUUUUGACGGAGAAGGCGUCAGACCGCGCCGGUUGCCGUUGACAGAAGGCGGCAUUCUUGCAAACUGGCUCCUAGAUCAGACAAGCGCCAACCAGCUGGGCCUGACCAAUAAUGGCUGCGCGCGACGCGCGCCCGGUGGCACGCCAUCACCCUCAAGCAGCAAUCUUUACCUCGAUGGCGGCAAACACACUCCAGAAGAACUGAUCUCCGAUAUCAAGGAGGGCGUAUACAUUACUGAAAUGAUCGGAUCGACAAUCAAUAUGUUGACCGGCGAUUACAGUCGUGGGGCGUCCGGUUUUAUGAUAAGGAACGGCCAGAUUGCUGAACCCGUUGCCGGUUUGACCGUUGCAGGUCAAUUAAGCGACAUGUUUAAAAACAUGUUUGCGGCCAACGACCUCUUAUUUCGGCGCAGUAUCAAUGCGCCGACGCUACGCAUCGCCGACCUGAUGGUCGCGGGUGAAUAA